AUGCCGGUAGUUCUCGACGACGAGAUGCUCAUUCCCCCCUCGAUGCGCCGCCCAAAGCACUACAUCGAGCGCGAGCGCCUAAUCGAAAUCUCGAGCAACCAGUCCUCAUCCGUAAUCGACCUGCCCCCACAUCGUGUAGAAUACGAGCGGCCACGGUCCCCGCUGGUAAUCCACCAAGACCACAUCAUCCAGCUUCCUCCGCAGGAGGUAGAGCUCAUCCGCGAACGGGAAUACGUGAUAGAGCCGGCGGGCGGUAUGCAGCAUGGCGGCGUUAGGCGGUAUUAUCGCCGCAGCGGCGGACACAGCGAGAUGGCUUUCGAGCGGGAGAGAGAGCGGAGGGGCAGGGCGAGGAGCGUGGGGUAUGACGACUACGACUACGAUUCGUAUUGCUCGUCGUGUGAUGGGGAGGAAUAUUACCACGAGGAUGGAUCUGCAUAUGGAUCGAGACGUGGCGGUCAUCCCGAGUCACACGCCGGAUCGCACGUCGGAUCACAUGCGGGCUCGUCACACUCAUCACACCCUGUCCGACACAUCGUUGAAGGCGGAGCCGUAGCUCUCGGAGCACAACAGCUCUACCGCCGUCAUCGUCGCUCGGGAUCGGCCUCAUCCUCGGACAGUGAAAGCCGUGCCAGCCGGGGAGGACACCACCGUAUCCGCCGGGUUGCUGAGGCCGGCGCUGGAACGAUAGGUGCCCAGAGAUUGUACGAGCACCACCGGGAGCACCAACAAGAACAUAUGCGACAUCCCGGACACCCCGGACACCCAGACGACGACCCCAACCGUCGUGUUCGUCACCUUGCCCAAGCCGGUCUGGGAAUCGCCGCUGCGGGGGCUGCAAAGGAACUUUACGACCACCGCAGACGACGGGCCCGCUCUCGUUCGGCGAGCUCAUCCGACGGCGAGGGUGGUGCUAGAUCACACAUGGGCCGCCACGUCGCCGCAGCGGCACUUGGCGCCACGGCCGCAGGACUAACAGCACACAAGUACGCUGAGCGUCGCCGCCGCGGAUCCGUCUCUUCCGAUUAUGACUCGGACGAUGGACGUAGCACGCACCGCGGGCGUAAAGUCGCUGCCGGAGUGGGUGCCGCCACGGCCGCCGGCAUCGCAGCCAAAGUGAUACACGACCGCCGCCGCCGCGGCUCGCGCUCCCGCUCUUCAUCGGCCUCCUCCACAACUUCAGCCGGCGGCCACCACCGGGUGCGUAACGCGGCCAUGGGCCUCGGCGCAGCAGCGCACAGAGCCCGCUCCCAAUCUCGCCCGGGAAUCCUCCGUCGCCGCCGCUCCUCAUCCACCUCCUCUACUUCCUCCACCGAAAGCAGUUCCCACAAGCUCCGCAACGCAGCUCUUGGCGCCGGCGCACACCAAAAACGCAAGGAGGAGCGGCGCGCACGGUCAGCCGACGGCGCAAACCGCCGGCGCCAUCGCCGCGAGCAGGGCGAACAUCGCCCCCAUCGCGAGCGUAGACACCACGACGAUGAGUCGAGUGUGCGCUCUGGCUCCAGCGCGACGGGUACCCGCAGCAGACGCGGCAGUGGCGUCGGCGGCAUGUUGCGCCAAGCUAUCUCCGGUGGCGGACCCUCGAAUGAUCGUCGCGAGGGCGGAGGCGAUUAUAGGAAUGUUGUCGCGCAGGAGGUGGCGUAUAGAGUUGGCGAGGCCGCGGCGGAGGGGCUCAGGAGGGCGUCGUCCAGGCCUAGGCAGUAGAUUUGAUGUGGUUUACGAUUUUUCUUAUACCACCAUGGUGGAGGCGAUAAUGUUGGGUCUCGCUAAAUAUUGAUGUUUACUUUACUUUUCUUUUCUUUUCUUUGUGGAUGCGGGGCAUUUGAGGAUGUUUUUUUCUUCUUUGAUUGAUUGAUAUAUCCAUACUACUCUACUUGGUACGAUGAUGUUUGUAACGGCUUACGAUGGGAAUAAAUCGUUGUGCUUUUUUGUUACUGAAGAGGAUUGGUCGUGGUGGUCGUGGUCGUGAUCGUGAUCGUGGUCUUGUCUGAUCAUACUCGUAUUCAGUCUAUCUUAGACUGUAGCAGUCCGUUCAUACACAGUUCGGAUCACUUGCUCAUUGUGGAAACACUGACUCCCCCACACUCCCCGACUAUGUAGGCGUGACCGGGCAGGGAAAGCCACAUCGGGCCGCCUGACGAAAGUUGGGUUGGCCAAGUAAGGGUCCUCAAGGUGUUG